AUGCAUUUACACGCUCUUUUAUCCCUUCUCCUUCUGCAGGUUGGCCUAGGAGCAGCUCACCUGCAUGCCAAGCGCGCUGCCGAGACAAAUGCUACACUCUCCGCCUACGGCACCAACUCGACGAACUGGCCCAUUGCCUACGGCCUCGAUGAUGGUCUUCUUUACAUCACAGAGGAUCCCAACGACAGCGACUUCAACCUGACCCCCUUGCUCUGGAACCUCGCAUCUAUCACUGGCGAAAACUGGAUCGCCAACGCGACCUUCUCCAAUGGCACCAGUGCCGGCUGCAUGUACAUCAUGUCUGAGCAUGAUUAUGCUGUUGGUGUUCUGCCACUAACGCGGGCUGCCUACGUCAAUGGAACCGUCUCGGGCUUUGCUUUGUUUGCCUCCCAGUUAGUGUUCAACAACAACACGUUACUUCAAGCGCAAUUCUGGGCGAAAUCAACCAGCUCCAGUGGUGUUUACGGUCUUACUUGGACAGUUGAUGAUAGCACCCCGAGUGGUGAUUUCCCUGUCGUCGUCAAAGCUACCGAAGAUUCUUGA